AUGGGAGACGCCCCAAACAAAAUCUCGAUCACUAUUUGCGGGGACGGUGGAUGCGGAAAAUCUUCCAUCACCCUGAGACUGGUCCGCAGUGAAUGGGUCCACGAAUACGAUCCUACCAUAGAGGACUCGUAUUCGGUCACGCGCACCAUUGAUGGCGAACAAUAUUUCUUGUCUAUCACUGAUACUGCGGGUCAGGAAGAGUAUCGAGGUCUAUGGGCAACGUCCAAUCUAAAGUCCGACGCGUUCCUCCUCGUCUACGACAUCACCAGCGAGUCCAGUUUAAGCGCACUAGAUUAUUUCAUGGAUAUGAUCGAGAUGGAGACCGAUCAACGUGCGGAAGACAACCUGCGAUUAUUAAAAGAGCUUGGAAAUAGUGCUCGAGGCUUGGAAGUUGGAAUGGCAGCACCAGUCAGGCUUGUCGCGGGUAACAAAUGUGAUCUCAAGGACAACCGGGUCAUCAGCGCCAAGGAUGGCCUAGAGUAUGCUCGAAAACAUAACAGCGGAUUCAUGGAGACAAGUGCACGGGAAAUGGUCAAUAUUGAAGAAACGUUUGCUCGUAUGAAACCCACCCCGCCGGGAGCACCAUCAAUAUAA